GCGUGCUGGGCACCGCCGCCUUCCUGCUGGACCUGGGCGCCGAACGGUGGGCCGCCGGCCAGUACGCGCUGGGAGGGCGCUACCUCUGGGCCGCGCUGGCGUUGGCGCUGCUGGGCCUCGCCUCGGCCGCCCUGCAGCUCUUCAGCUGGCUGUGGCUGCGCGCCGACCCCGCUGGCCUGCACCCCUGGCAGCCCCCUGGCCGCUGCCUGGCGCUGCUGCACCUGUUGCAGCUCGGCUUCCUGUACAGGUGCAUGCAGGCGCUGCGGCAGGGUCUGCUGGUGUGGCAGCAGGAGGCGCCCUCGGAGUUCGACCUGGCCUACGCCGACUUCCUCUCCCUGGACGUCAGCAUGCUGCGCCUGUUCGAGACCUUCCUGGAGACGACGCCGCAGCUCACGCUGGUGCUGGCCAUCAUCCUGCACACCGGCCGGGCCGAGUGCUACCAGUGGGUUGGCGUUGGCACGUCCCUCGUGGGCAUCGCGUGGGCACUGCUGGACUACCACCGGGCCCUGCGCACCUGCCUCCCUGCCCGGCCCCUCCUGGGCCUGGGCUCCUCCGUGGUCUACUUCCUGUGGAACCUGCUGCUGCUGUGGCCGCGCGUGGCGGCCGUGGCCCUGUUCUCCGCGCUCUUCCCCCGCGUCGUGGCCCUGCACUUCCUGGGCCUGUGGCUGGUGCUGCUCUCCUGGGUGUGGCUCCAAGGCACGGACUUCAUGCCAGACCCCCGCUCCGAGUGGCUGUACCGGGCCACGGUGGCCACCAUCCUCUACUUCUCCUGGUUCAACGUGGCUGAGGGCCGCACCCGAGGCCGGGCCACCAUCCACCUGGCCUUCCUCCUGAGUGACAGCGCUCUCCUGGCGGCCACCUGGGCGACUCAGGACGCCGGGCUGUCCACUGGGGUCUCAGCACAGGUGUGGCUGCCUAUGGGAGGCGCCUGCUUCCUCCUGGGGCUGGCCCUGCGGCUGGCCUACUACCACUGGCUGCAUCCGCACUGCCGCCCGGAGUCCGACUGUGUGGACGGGGCCCGGAGCCUCCCUGCCCCGGGGCGGGCUCAGCUGCCCCAGAACCGGCGCCUGGCCCACUUGGCCCGGAGGUUUUUCCUCACGGCUAAGGAGGAGGCUGCCCUGCUGGAGACCGGAGAGGCCAACGGUGUCCUUUAAGGCAGAGUCAGACCUCCAGGGGGCAGGAGGGUGGCGAGGGCGGGGGUCAGUGCACCCGGUUCCCUCUGUGAGGGCGGAGUGCCUCAUCUGUGCCAGCUCAGAGACCGCGCUGAGCAGGACGGCCUGCCUCCAGGGGCCACCGGCAGGGCGGGGGCGGGCUGGGCCUGGGUCAGGGCCCUGCGAUGUGCUCGCUGCUCCGGGCAGAGAGGCGAGGGCCCCGUGUUGCCCCAGCAGCACGGCCGCAGGGAGCCCAGUGUGCCCUGACGGUGCCCUCCGCGCGGCCCACUCGGAAGCAAGGGGGGCGGCACAGUCCCCCCUUGGUCGCCCUGGCCGGGGCUGGGAGGCGCUGGGACUCCCAGCCAUCCUCUGGGCCAUCCUUCACUGCCCACCCCUUCCACCAACAAAUAUUUAUUGGGAGGUUUUUUCUUUUUAAAUUAAAACAUUCUUUUGCCAUAGGGCACACGCACUGCUGGAGAGAGACAAAAAGAACAUGAGAAAGCACCCUGGGGGAUGGGCCUGCCACUGUCCCUUCUCCCUCCUCCCAGGUGGGUGGGCACGGGCUCAUACAGGCUGUGUGUCCUGAGAUUUUCAAGACUCUGGGUCUGGGACUUGAACCAUGCAGUCAGCCAUGUGAGACAUAGCUGCCUUAACCCCCACGCCACCUGCUGGCCUGAGCGCCUUGUUCUAGGUCUCUUCCGUGAGCGAGUGAGCGUGGCCGAGGCGGCUCCAGUGCUGUGCUGCCCCGGCUGCGGGCCCCCCAUGGUGUGUGCAUCCUGGUUGCAAGCCGGGCCUUCCCAGGUGCGGCCGGCGGAGUGCUGUGCCACUGCCCACCCCCCACGGCGUGUCCUUGGAGCCUGGCACGAGGCCACCUGCCGCCCGACCAGCCCUGGGCGGGGUCAUCGGCAUGGAGGCCAGUGGUGCCCAGCUCGGGGCGCAGCAGCCCUCCGAGUCCUACUGUAGCCGACCUGGCCUCUGCUCCAGCCCCGAUGGCCGCCUUUCUGCCAAGUGCCUUGGGAACCUGCACCCACAUCUGGGGUGUUGGUUGACUCCUGACCCCAUACGAGGGGGUGUGUACACGUCUCCGUGCAAGAUGCGUGUGCUCUUCGCCAGGGUUGAGACCUCCUGAAACCCUCCAGCCGGACGCGUCAGUGAACGCAGUCCACAGGGUGCUGAGCCCGUGAAGCAGGGUUGGGCAUGGGCCACCCUUCCAACUGGCCGAGGCCCUGGCACACGGAAGGGGCUGCCUUGGUGAGGCCGCCCGGCCACCUGCAGGUCUCAGAAGCCGGUGAGCCAGGCACUGGGCGUUCUCACCGGCUGCGCCGGACAGGAGGGAGGGUCUUGGCUGGGAGCUUUGAGGGUGCAGGACAAGGUGGCUUUAGGGAGGUCUGUGAGCCAGAGAACGGGAACAGAAGAGGUUGCCCAUGGAGGACAAGUAAGGGGACCCAGGAGCUCGGUGUCAAGUGCUGAGAAAAACAGAGCGGGGGACAGGGACACACCGUAAGCUCUAAAGGGAAGGGAGAGCCAGCCUCAUCCCGCAGAGGAGGCUGUGCCGACUACAGGGUGGCCACGGGUGCUGCGAGGGGCGGACCUGGUGGCAGGGCCUGCUCUGAGGGCCUAGGUCCCAGGAGCCCCAAGAAGGGCAUGCAGCACUGCUGUUGGCUGAGCCCGGGUGAACAGGGAUGGAGACUGGGGCCAGGCCGGCUCUGGCAGGGGUGCAACUGACUUCCACACAGUCAUGGCAGAAGGGACUCAGACCAGCCUAGUGACUUCCAGACGAUUUCGUGGGCCAGUAAAAUACCCCAAAUGGUUGCAAUUUGACAGAAGGGACACUGGACCCUGGACCCUACCCCCAUCUGUGACUGUCAUUGUUUCUUAGAGCGCCAGCCACCUCGGGAGAGACCUUGCUGGGGGCAGGGAGGGGAAGGAGUGUGAGCCGGUGUGCCCCCGUGGGAGUCAUUCUCUCCACGGGCAUGUCCAAGUGCACGCGGCACACGGCUGGACUCACUGUCUCUCCACUCAGCGAACGCUGAGACCCCAGACCUAUGGUCACAGGCCUGCCCCUAAAAAUCCCAGGGCUGGGGCCAGUACCUGGAGUAGCAGUUACGUCGCUGGACUCCACAUGGCCAACUGUGGUUCAGGUCCUGAACCUGGCGGUUGGAAACUCCCCAGGCAAGUGUCCGUGUGUGCCCGAGAUCCCGGGGAGAGGACAGAAAAGAAGGGGUUGCGGGCGCCGUCCCCGUGGGAUCUAUCACUUCCCUCAUUUUCCUCACGCUGGCUCCUUUCUAGCCAGCACACGUCCUGAGGCGAAAACCUCUUAGCAAGAGAAAGAAGAAAUCCUGGGCCCAGGGCCCCCAGCCUGGGGUGAUCUUAGGAACGGGGUCCCCAGGGUGUGGUGGCCAGGAUGCUGGGCUUCUGCGUGGCCGAGGUCUGCCUCCCAGGCGUGCGCGUGCGAGGCGGAUGGAGCAGGCUGCGGCACGGCCAUCCUCGUGCCUCCUCUCUUACUGGCACGCGCACGCCCUCUGGCAAAACCUAAAACAAAUCAUUCAUUCAUUCAAUAAUUUUCACUCACCCAGAGAAAGACAGUCCUACAGAGAGAAGGAAAGUGAGAAA